UGAGCAGUUAGUGGAGAGAUUAGUGGGUCAAGCCGUUAGUGGCUUGACCGGUGUGUUUGCAUGCUAGCUAGUGCGUGUGUUGGCUGCUCUAUUUAAGCCCAUGUAAAUCAGUUCAUUGAGUGUGUGAAGAAAUACAGAAAAAGGCAUAAGGGUGCGUGGUGCCAAGUUCGUGAGUGUCUCUGGCUUCAAAAUAGUCAUCAACCCCCCAUGAUUUCUAAUAGUUGGCUUCGCAGUUGAUUGGCUUUUGAUUUUACGUCCAAAUCAAAAAAGCACACCACAAUGAUAUACCCUCAUCCGACGGCAUCCGAAUCCUUUUUUCUUCUUUCAGCAUCAGAGCAGCUGUGCAUGUCUCCUUGGCCAUUAAUUCCUCCCUCCCUUUUCCUUUCCACAUUCCUUUGCGCUCAUCCUUCUCAUCAACACAAACACAUCUUCCACCAUCAGCAGCCGAGGCAGCCGGUAAGACACAGUGGCCAGCAGGACUGCACUGCCGCAGCAAGAGUGUACACUGUAGAUGAUGGACUGGGCCCCUGUGGUGGUAGGGGUGGUGUUGUUCGUGGUGCUCUCGCCGGGGCUGCUGUUCGAGCUGCCGGGGACGUAUGGGAGGGUCGACUUCGGCGGCCUCCGCACCACCGGCAAGUCCAUCUUCGUCCACACCCUUGUCUUCUUCACCAUCUUCGCCAUCAUCAUCCUCGGGUUCGAAGUCCACAUCUACACCGGCGCCUAGGUAGCUGCAUAUGCAUUACAUGCCUGUGUGCCUUACCUAAUGAAGCACCUCUCGCCAACGUUGCCACUCCGAUCAGCAUGCGCCCUGUUUCAUAUGCGUGUGGUUAAUUGAUUGGUCAAGGUGGGCACAUACUCCCUCCGAUGGCGCAAUUUUGAAUUAAAGUUAGUUCAAUCUUAAUUCAAACCUAUGGCACUUAUUAUGGAUCGAAGUGUUAUCUCUGUAACGUCUUAUAUUAAGUUACAGAGAACGUGGACACUGUAAAGUAGUUCGGUGAACUGCAGCUUAU